AUUUCGUUUCUCCAUUUCUCAGUCAGAGACCUCGCGGCCGGCCCGGUUAUUCUUUUCACUUCCACGAUUCUGUGGAGAGAGGGAUAAGAAUAAAAAUAUUUUUGUGCAAUAACGUGCUGUUGCAUUGAGACCGAUCCGGCGCAUGAGAGGCACGUGUAAAAAAAUAUCUCGACGAUUCGAAACCGACUCCAAUUCUUGAAGAUGCCUCAAGGCAGUCGAGGAUCAAACGUAUCUCUGGUUUGUUGAUUUUAUGCUACCGUAAAAAGUAUCAUGGCGUCUAAGGGCCAUGUGGAUAACACGGUGAAUGAACGUCGCUUGCGACCGAUUUACGACUGGCUGGACAAUGGCAAUAACAAAAAAGCCCUUCAGGAGGCGGAUAAGGUUUUGAAAAAGCACCCAACUAAUCAAUGCGCUAGAGUACUCAAGGCCCUGGCCUUGUUGCGUAUGGGUAAAGAAAAUGAAUGUCAAGUCAUCAUGGACAAAGUACGUUCUGAGGUACCCUGCGAGGAUUCUACUCUGCAGGCGAUGAGCAUUUGUUACAGGGAGAUACACCAACCCGAUAAAGUCAGUGAACUAUAUGAAGCAGCUGCUAAGGCUGAUCCAAACAACGAGGAGCUCCUAACACAUCUUUUUAUGUCAUAUGUUCGUCUUGGUGAUUAUAAAAAGCAACAGCAAGCUGCUCUUAAUUUGUAUAAACUGACUCAUAAAAAUCCAUAUUAUUUUUGGGCUGUUAUGAGUAUAGUGAUGCAAGCUAUUCAUGCUGAUCAGAAAUUAGCGAAAGGAGUUAUCUUGCCUUUGGCAGAAAGAAUGGUCCUAAAAUUAGUAAGGGAAGGAAAAAUAGAAGCAGAGCAAGAAGUGCAACUUUAUUUAAUGAUCUUAGAGCUGCAAGAUAAAAAUGAGGAAAUAUUAAAUGUAUUGUCUAGUCCUUUAGCUUCAUACGUUUCGUAUGUACCUCAACGAAAGGCCACAUGUUUAUUGAAACUAGAAUGUUUUCCUGAGGCAGCUAAUGCAUAUCGUGCACUUAUUGAAGAAAACAUCGACAAUUGGGCAUUUUAUCAAAAUUAUCUUUCGGCGGCCUUAAAAUUUCAACGUCUGACAGAAUGCUUGGACUUUUUUAAUCAUAUUAUUAACAUGUCUGAGAAGAAAAUCCGUGCGCCAUACUUGGCCCGUCUAGAAUUAUUAAAACGAUGUCAGACUGAAGAUUUACAAUACAGUUUGACAUGCAUGAAUUUUAUGCACGAAUAUUUUUCUCAGUUUGGAGAAAAAGGAUGUGUAGUUGGUGAUUUACAAUUAUAUUUAAACCUGCUCACACCCAAGUACAAGUUUGAGUUAUUUGAAAAGAUCAAAGAAGAUAUUGGCAUUGCAUCAGACGAAUUUCCAAUUACUGUACAACAAAUGCAAAGGCAUAUUCAUUUGGAGCAAUUGCGACGUAUUUGUGGCUUCCAUCACCUUCCUUUAGCAGACAGGGAUAAGCAAGAACAAUUGAUAAAGAGAUUAUGUGAUUUGUAUAAGAAAGGCAAUGAAUUGUGUCCAAUACAAGAUAGGUUGCCAACUGAUUUUUGUCCAGCGGAUCCAUAUAUUCUGUUAGCUACGCAUUUAUUACAUCAAUUAUGGGUUGAUACUAAUGAUGCGUCUUUUCUUUAUAGGGCAAUGUCAUUAUUGGAACACGGUCUUCUCUCAAGUCCUGUAAAUUUUCACAUCAAAAUUUUACUUGUGCGUAUUUAUUUGGAGGCUGGUCUAGUGGUCGCGGCUGAUCAUACGUUCGCAUUACUCGAUGUAAAACACCUUCAACUAGAUUCACUGGGUCAUCUUCAUGCACCACUUCUCGCGCCUCUCGGUAACUUGCCUCUGGCCUCGACAACUCUUGAUCAUACAGCGAAAUUUUUCAUAGCCAAUUAUAAGGAUAGCGCGGAUCAUUUAACACUUGCGUAUAAAUAUGGUAGUUUUAUAAAAAUUCAGGAUUUCGUGGAAUUAAGGGAACGCCUAGAAAAUUCGUUUCAUUUUGCUAUGACAACUGUAGAUAAAAUGCUGCUCGAUUUAUGUUGGUGUGACAGCACUACUUCUUUGUUUUCUACUCUGAACAAUAUGCAUAUCCAACCACAUCUUGAUUCGAUUAGAUGGGCAUCUCUACGAGAUAAUCGUGAUCUGGAGGUCGUUCGUGGAUGGGAACCACUUAAUCAGAACGAGGAGGAUCCGAGAAUGCAAGAAGAGACACGUAUAUGUAUGUUAAAAUUACUUUCGGCGAGAAAUGCCAUACUACGCAUCUUGGCAGCGAGUGCUGGGUCAUCUUCUAUGUAUCUCUCUCAAUUAUCUGCCGAGCUUAAGGAAUUAGCAGAUGAAAGUAUACCGAAUAUUUUACAAAAAUUUGAUAUGGAAAAACGGAACAGACCAUGCAAAAUAUUGGUUCCAUUGGAUGCUGUAGAAAGAUUAUGCGAAGCGUAUCAUUCUGAACAAUUAAGGACUAUAGCGUGCCUUGCAAAAUCACUUUCCCACUCUCAUUGUCCGGACUUCGAUUGCAUACAAAUGCUGCGGACGAGUCCUUGCUUGCAAACAUUAUCUAUACCCGAACGGAAUACUCCAGUAUCUUUCAAAAACUUUUUACUCAGAGCCUCAACUUGCAGCGAAUCUUUAGCGAUUAUUAGCGCUAUAUGCAGUGCUUGCGCUAUAAAAUCGGAACCACGUACACAAUCACAAAAGAAAAAUAAGAAGAAAUAUAAUAAGAAAAUUGAAUCAGACAUGAUAAACGAGACUAAUGAAACUAAGACUUGGAGAGAGGUAGCUGUAUUACUAUCAGAGAGAGUUGAAAACUUAGAUGCGGUCUUAACAGAAUUUGAAAAAUAUGAAUUACAUACAGGAUUGGACGAAAAAGACGAUGUAUGUAUCACUAUUACGAAACGCGGACAGGCGAGUCUCAGGCAAAGUUGCAGAUCCCUCAAAUCUCGCACGCAGCCCAUAUUAAGGCUUUUAAGUAAUUUAAAGAGCUGAAACUAUUUGACAGUAUUUGUACAAAGGAUAUCUAUAUCCGUCUACUUUUCAUAAUUUUCAAAAGUAACUCGAGAAUUCUGUACAUAAUUCUUAGCCCCAAUCAAUUAUAAAAAAAAAUGAAUGAAUGAUUUAAUGCUGAUUAAAAUACCUGAGCCUACCUUCAUUUCUAUGAAAAGUACUGUGCAGUCAUUUUAAUACACUGCCAUUUGAUCAACUUAUAAAUAAUAUAUUCUUCACGCAAUAGAUGUAAAAAGUGAAACAAUCAUGAUACUUUUGAGAUUGAUAAAUUUUCAGAACUAAAGGAAACAUUUAUUUUAUCAAUGUAAAAAAUAGUUUAUCUAUUUCUAAUUAUGUGCCAUUUUUUCAAAUAAUUAUUUUACAUAUAUAUUACAAGAAACCUGUCGGUUCGCACAUGGAUCAACGUCGUGUAACUCACGAACUAUUUUCUUAAACAUUUUAAGAAUAAUGCUCGUCGAUUGCAUUUAACUAUAUUUUGUGACAAUCUAUGACGUGCAUUUUUCGUAAUUAUAUAUAUUAGUAAAUUUUAUUAUUGAAUAAUUGGUGACUUGAUGGUCGAACAAUCUAAUAGAAUUGGUUAAAAAAUGCUAAAUAAUUGAAAGGGAAUAAAUUGCUAAUACCAGUGCA